AUGGGAGACGUCUUGUCUGCUGUCUUCUAUUUGCACCAAGCACACCAGCUGCGUCAUUUUAAACGUCAUCAUCGUACUGUACAGACGGCCUUACUUUCUUCCUCUGACAAUCACGGCGAAGCGCGGCCUAUCUGCCUUAUUCUUUCUCUUUCUCAAGAACUGGACCUAACUAACUGCUAUCUAUCUAUCUAUCUAUCUAUCUAUCUAUCUAUCUAUCUAUUUAUCUAUCUAUCUAUCUGUUUAUACAGUAGGAAGUGCAUCUGUUGGUCCCUUCUAAUCAAGCUGAUCACACUGUCUAUUAUUUAUUGGACAUUGACGUAUUCGAAUCCCCAAGAACCGAACUGCUAUGGCACCACCAUUUUCAUCACGACGCUUGUUUUGGUUCACCAAAGUUUGGGCAUCCCUCACUUGCCGGUACUCAACAAAGCUGUGAUUAUUUCAGGUUGUGAUCGUGGAUUUGGCCAUGCCCUUGCAGUUCGACUCGAUCAAAUGGGGUUUAAGGUAUUCGCCGGCUGCCUUUUUAAAGGCGGGGAGGGCGCUGAAGCGUUGAAAGCAAAGUGCUCAAAGCGCUUACACAUCCUACAACUCGACGUGACCGAUCCAGAACAGGUGGACUCUGCUUUCAUAACAGUUAAAGAGAACUUAGAAAACUACGAUCUAUGGGGUUUGGUGAACAAUGCAGGAAUAUGCUACAUUGGAAAUUCCGAGAUGAUUCCACGAGAAGAUUCUUUGAAAAUUAUGGACGUCAAUUUUCGAGGACCAUACCUAUUAACUACAAAAUUCUUGCCUUUGCUGAGAAGGAACCAGGGACGCAUUGUUAACGUUUCGAGCAACGCUGGUCUCGCCCCUGUUGCCUUGAUGGGCCUUUACUGCUGUUCAAAAUCUGCCCUCUUCAUGUACACAGAGGUGCUCCGCACAGAAAAUGAAAGAUGGGGAGUCAAAGUGUCGGCUGUCAUCCCAAGCGGAUACAAAACCGGCAUCAUAGCUUAUGACAAAGAAAAGAUGGCUGAAAAAUGGUGGGCGCAGGCGCCUAAAGUGGUUCAAGAAGACUUUGGCAAAGCAGCUUUCGUCAUCAAAUCCAAAGCUGGAGAUUCCGAUGAUAUGCUCUCAAAAGACCUCUCUCCGGUAAUCAACGCCAUGGUGGACGGCCUCCUUUCCGCGAACCCUAAGCAAAUCUACUACAAAGGUUUCCUGGCUCGUUCAUUGCCCUUUCUUUACUUCCAUUUACCCAGGGUCCUCCGCGGUCCUGUUAUGGGCGUUCUGGCUGACUGGUUCGAGUUCCAUCCUGCUUGCUUAGAAGAUGAUCAGUCGUAG